AUGAAGGGAGUUAUGAGAUUUGGACAGAAAGGAAAGCUCAGUCCUAGGUAUAUAGGGCCUUUUGAGAUUUUGAAAAGAGUAGGAAAACUUGCUUAUGAGUUAGCUCUUCCACCAUCAUUGUCUGGUAUUCAUGGUACAUUUCAUGUUUCUAUGCUCCGCAAGUAUAUAGCUUAUCCAUCUCAUGUUUUGACGUAUGAAGCUUUGGAGUUGAAACCAAAUUUGUCAUACGAAGAAAAACCAGUUCAGAUUCUUGAUAGAAGACUUAAGGAAUUAAGAAACAAGAGCAUUCCUUUGGUCAAGAUGAUGUUGUUGUUACCGAAGAGUAAAAAGAAAUAUGAUUUCCAAGGUUGGCUGAGUACUCCAAGUCUUACAUCUGGCAUCUUGCUUAUAUGUACUUCCAAACACUAG